AUGAAUUCAGAACUACUGAAAUGCAAACCACUCAUAGAGAACUUAUGUGCUCUUGAAUCAUUAACUAGACGUUUUGAAGACACUAAACUUGACGAUUAUCAAUGUCUGGAGGAGGAACUAUCAUGUUCUACUGAUGGCACUUUGACAAAUAUUAUUGGAAACUCCAGAAUCAGAGCACUCAAUCUAUCUAAGCAGUUCGGCUUGGGUGACAAAUUUUCUAUUAUUAAUCUUUAUGACUCUAUGAGAAGCUAUGUCCUAGAAAACACACUACCCCAAAGAAUUAUUGAUAGAUCGGAAAGAACGUCAUUCACUUUGGAAAAGGUAACGGUAAAGAUUACAAAUCAAGAAGGAGGUCUGAAGGCAGAAUCCCAGGGCGUAACGGGAGGAAGUACAAGAAAACGUACAUAUAUCAAUAAUGAAAUUAGAAGAUUUUUAGAGAAAGCAUUCCACAAGAAGAGAAAUCCAACAAGAUCUGACAGAGCAGCGAUUGCCCAAAAAUGUGGGCUAACGCCUCUUCAAGUUCGAGUCUGGUUUACCAAUAAGCGGAUGAGAUCAAAAUCAAAAUAA